AGGAAAAUCUGGGCUCCGUACAGUAGACGCUCACAUACAGUGACACUGGUACAUUUGUCAGUGGAGGAUGGGCCGUUCACACCUCACAUAUGGACGAAGGAAAACAAAGAUUCGAGCAGGAAACCUUCCGUUUUCCCGCCGCAGAUAAGCAGCUGUUGCUGGAAACAAAGCCGUUCUGACCAAACACGGAUUUCACUUUUUUUUUUUCUGAGGCUUCAUUUGUGGAGGUGGUGGCAUCACCGGCCGUCGCGCUGUUGCCAAUAUAUAUAUAUAUAUAUAUAUAUAUAUUUUUUUUAAAAGCUAAAACAGGGUUUUUCUCGGGUACAUCAGCAGUUAUGUGUCUUUCUCUACACCGACAACCAUGAAAAUUUUUGGGAGGUGAGAUGCUCCAUUUUCCGGACUGAGCUUCAGUACUUGAGCUGCUCCUGAGCUCCAGCAUGGGAGAAUGAAGCAGGGUCUUGCUACCAUGAAGAUGGUGCCGUGUGGCCUUGGGGAGAUGAUAUCCGCAUGUCUGCCAUCAGAUUUUAUGUGAACUCUCCUGCAAUGAUGCCUGCUCACCCUGGAGAAGCAUGGUUCUCUCCACUACCAUUCCCCUCCUGGAUACAGGGGACAUUAACAGCCGUUUCUGCUGCGUCGUUACGAGGUUGCUGAACCUUUCUGAGAGGCUACCAAUGGAAGACCUCUCUGUUGCAAACAUUUCCCUGGGCUCCGGGUCUCCCUCGGAGCCGGUCACCCCAACGGCAAAUGCUCUGGAAAUCCAGCAAGGCGUUGGCCUACCUCUGCAGAUCUUCUUCUGCUUUGUCAUGGCAGUCAUCCUUUUAGUGGCGCUGUCAGGAAACAUAGUGGUGUGCCUGAUGGUGUACCAGAGGUCUGCCAUGCGUUCAGCCAUCAACAUUCUGCUGGCUAGUCUGGCAUUUGCGGACAUGAUGCUGGCCAUCUUGAACAUGCCCUUUGCUCUGGUUACUGUGGUGACCACCAACUGGAUUUUUGGAGAUGUUUUCUGUCGCGUUUCCGCCAUGCUCUUUUGGUUUUUUGUUAUGGAAGGAGCAGCUGUACUGCUUAUAAUAAGCAUUGAUCGUUUUCUUAUUAUUGUCCAGAAGCAAGAUAAGCUGAGCCCACAGAGAGCCAAGCUGCUCAUAGUGGUCACAUGGGGACUCUCGUUCAUUUUCACUUUCCCUCUAGCUGUUGGCUCACCUCCCUUACAGAUCCCACCCAGAGCUCCUCAGUGUAUAUUUGGCUACAGCAGUGAUCCUGGUUACCACGCCUAUGUGUUGAUAUUAACGCUAGUUUUUUUCUUCUUGCCUUUCACGGUCAUGCUAUACACAUUCAUGGGCAUCCUCAACACCAUCCGCCACAAUGCCAUUCGCAUCCAUAGCCACACAGACAGCGUCUGUCUGAGCCAGGCCAGCAAACUGGGCCUCCUCAGCCUUCAGAAGCCCUUCAAGAUGAACAUAGACAUGAGCUUCAAGACCCGUGCCUUCACCACCAUCCUCAUCCUCUUCUCCGUGUUUACAGCGUGCUGGGCACCCUUCACUGCCUUCAGCUUGGUAACUACCUUCAGUGACAGGUUCUACCGCAAAGACAGCUUUUUUCAAAUCAGCACAUGGGUCUUGUGGUUGUGCUACCUCAAGUCAGCCCUCAACCCUCUUAUUUACUACUGGCGGAUCAAGAAGUUCCGCGACGCCUGCCUCGAUCUGAUGCCCAAAUAUUUCAAGUUUCUUCCUCAGCUGCCAGGCAACACAAAGAGGCGCAUACAGCCGAGCGCUGUGUAUAUAUGUGGAGAGCAUCGCUCUGUGGUAUAAGGCAUAACUCCUCUCUGAAACACUGUUAAAGUGCAUCUUAUCUCACUAGGGUUUUCUCAUGGUUUACUUCUCUUAGCAGGCUAUAAGACUGAGGUUAGCACUGCAUUAAAAAUAUAAGGGGGCUGAGGUGGAAUGGGUUAUUGCUACAGAAGCCAGACUGAAGAUCCUAUCCGGGAGGUACACAGUGAGUCCAACAUCCCAGAGAUUUAAAGGUUGUCAGAUGAGAAAUCGCAAAAUUUCCAAUAUAAGACCUGACUGUCAGUACUGAAACUGUACUUUAUAAGUUUUAUUUUUAAAACAUCAAAUGUGAAUGUGAGGAUUCUUCAUCAACAAAGAUUUGGUUGAGCUUUAGUUUCCACAAGAAGUAGCAACAGUCAGUCAUGAACAGACAGAAUGGCAUUUGCAUUUAGUGGUUAGAAGUUAAGUAUGUUGGGCAGGAAAUUCAGAGUGAGGCGAUCCUUUUGAAAGGCAAAAAGGUCAUUUGUGCACCAUGGCUUAAGUCAGUGGUGUCCAACUCCAGGCCUCAAGGGCCGGUG